CCCAUCCUCAAUCAGUCUCUUCCGCUCUGCUCUGUCUUCCCGGCUUCCUACAUGGAAACUUCCACGGGGCAUGUGCUUCCCGGAUUAGGUUUCUUUCUGGUCGGUCUAUGGCACAUGUUGAACCAGAUAAAACUUCACGCCACGCACCCAAAAUCCCACUUUUCUCUCCUAUGGUUUCCAUGUCCAAAAAUCAGAUACUUAGAGCUUUACAUGAUAAUGUUGGGCAGUUUUGCCUUCAUCUCCAAGGAGGUCUUGAUGGGCCUUCUAACUCACACGUCUCUAGACCAAGACGGAACCAUACCCUUCCACCAGCUCCGCAAGUUUGAGCACGCAAACGUCGCAACCGCCCUCAUCGCGCACGCGGUUUUCAGCAUGGUUUUGGACAGGGCAGACCCUCCGGCUAAGCAGGGGAUGGCGCACCUCUUCGGGGUCGUGGUUUUCGGGCAAGAGCUUCUGAGUUUUCGCCUACAUUCAACUGACCAUUUCGGGGUUGAAGGGCAAUACCAUUUCUUCCUGCAAAUCAUCAUUCUCGUCUCCUUAUCCACUACCCUUCUCGGCUUCCCUUUCCCCACCAGCUUCAUCAACAGCUUCGUGAGGUCUUGCAGCGUUAUGUUCCAAGGGAUUUGGUUAGUCGUUAUUGGAAUCAUGCUUUGGACGGCGGGUUUUUGCCCGAAAGGCUGCUACCUCACGGAAGAACACAAGCACCAUGUCGUCAAGUGUCGCAGCGAGGAAGCGGCCAUGCGAGCCAAGUCCCUCGUCAAUAUUCUGUUCAGCUUGUCCUUGAUUGGUUUCACCAUUCUUGUUGUCACCAUCUACUUGGUGCUCGUCAAGUGCUACUCACAAAAGAUCGCCUACGUGUCGUUGCCGACCAAUAAGCUUGAGGAUAAUGAAAAGGAGGAUUUGAUCCAUGAUGUUGAGUCGCAGAAGGGUUUCGUUGAGAUGGGGAAGUUAAUUGUGUGCCACGGUACGGUAGACAUGAAAUGA